CGCCGACCAGAUGGGCAACAUCAUGUCCGGCUACGAGCUCGUCACCAAGAUGACCGGAACAGAUGUGUUUGGAAUUACUGUACCUCUUAUUACCAGUACUACUGGAGAUAAACUGGGAAAGACAGCUGGCAAUGCAGUUUGGCUGAACAGAGAUAAGACUUCUCCAUUUGAGCUAUAUCAAUUUUUUGUCAGACAACAUGAUAACAUAGUUGAAAAAUACUUGAAACUCUUCACCUUCAUUCCUCUUGAGGAGAUUGACCACAUCAUGGAAAUGCAUGCUAAAGAACCUGAAAAAUGGGGCCCUCAGAAACGACUUGCUGCGGAAGUAACCAAGCUUGUUCAUGGUAGAGAGGGGCUAGAAUCUGCUAAGAGGUGCACUAAGGCCCUUUAUUAUAGCAGUGUGGAGGCAUUGGAAGCUAUGUCUGACCAAGAGUUACAGGAACUUUUCAGACAAACUCCUUCAGCUGAAUUGAUGCUUGAACCUGGAAUGAAUAUUCUUGACUUGUGUCGAAAAGCAAAUGCCAUUCCAGAUGGACCUAGUGGGUACCAGAAAAUUACAGAUGGUGGCGUUUCAAUAAAUGGGAUUCGAGUAACUGAUCCUGAGACUGUUCUUAUUCUCGGACAGCAUAUUCUCAAGAAUGGAGUAUCACUGCUUAGGAUUGGAAAGAAAAAUUACUAUGUUAUAAAAUGGCUGCAGUUGUGACAACAGAAGGUAUCCCUAAAACAACAUAUCAUUUCAACUCUGUUGCUUGAAGAUGUACUUGAAGAUGUUUCUAUCCUAUGCAUUACUAUGCAGCUCACAGACUGCCCAGAGACUGCCCAAUACCUUAGUUUCAUUCUCAAAAUACACCAACAGAGUUCAAAUAAAGGCAGCUAAGUUAUAUCACUGAAGAGAUUUUUACUUACUCAAAGCACCACUUCUAAGAGGAGAUAUGCACAAGAAGAUGAAAAGAUAAUUUCAAAGUCCAAAGAUGGAAAUGCUCUUCCCCUCCUUUAACAGACUUCUGCGUUGUAGGAGAACAGCAGCCAGGUACUCUACAGCAUAAUCCACAGAAAGAUGAGCAAAAGCACACUUGAAACCGGUACUUGUUACAGGGGAUGGGUGCUGCUGUCCAGGUUGACUUCAUCCUAACAGAAACCUGCAUAAGUGGGUAAGGACAACCAACCUAUGAUCAACAUUUUUUUUCAUAACAGGUUGGCUUUGAAAGAAGCUCCAGAAUACAAUAAAUGAGUAGAAUGAUUAAGCUGCUUA